CCAAGAACACUGCCAUCAUGCCGCGCGCACGCGAAAAAUACAGCAUUGCGGCAACACCGCACAAGUCGCCUAUAAAAAUCCCCUUGAACGAUGACCGUCAAGAAAAGGCGAAUCGCCUUCACAACCGUCAGGCACUGCAGAAUGCUCAGAUCAACUCCAUCCGGGCUUCCGCCACACCGGCCAGACGAAGAGUAUCGCUCGCCCCUCAUAGCCCGCAUACACCGUCCAACGAUCCUGACAUGCCAGAUGUCGCGGGAACUGCUGUGACCCCUAUGAAGCGCGUGCCCUUACUCGCGAAUUUCGAGGAAUGGAUGAAAUUGGCAACAGACAAUAAAAUCAACGCGACAAAUUCAUGGAACUUUGCCCUCAUCGAUUAUUUCCACGACAUGUCCUUAUUAAAAGAAGGCGAUGGAGUCAAUUUCCAAAAGGCCAGCUGCACCUUAGACGGUUGUGUCAAGAUUUAUACUAGCCGCGUUGACAGCGUAGCAACUGACACUGGUAAACUGCUCAGUGGUCUUGCCGAGAGCGGAAACAAGAAGCGCCGGGAUGGAGAUGAUGAUGAUGGUGGCGAUGAAGAUGACGAUGAAGAGAGCGAGGACGGUCAGAAGAAGCGAAAGAAGAAGGCACAGCGUUCCGCGGAAGCAACACUCGCAUCAUCCUUCUCACAAUUGCAGAACAAGAAGAUGGAACUUGAGUUUUCGGUCGAUCCCCUUUUCAAGAAAGCCUCAGCAGACUUUGAUGAAGGUGGUGCGAAAGGUCUGUUGCUCAACCAUCUCGCAAUUGAUUCGAAAGGCAGGAUAGUCUUUGAUAGCAGCGACGAUGCACAAGACGCAUCGGAAGAAGAUAAGCGUGCGACGCCCGCACCGAGCGAGGCCGAGCCCCCACAUCUAGAAGAAGAGGAAGUACUCGAGGAUAUCGAAAUCGACAUCUCUGGGCUAGCAGCCAAGUAUUUCCCAGACCUUUCUCAAUUAGACCAGCAGGACGUUUGCCCUUCUCUCAAGACUUUUGAUCUCGGCGAUGCCAACGCAUCAUUAGAUCUCCCUUUUCUCAAAACGCCGGACGAUUUGCGACAGGACGCUAAAGACGAUGAAGAAGAAGGCAACCGGUCGGGUUUGUUCCUUGACGAUGACAAUGCCAUGGGAUUUGAUGACGAUGAUAGAGGCAUGGCUGGCUUUGACCUACCUCCCGAAACCGGUUUUGGAGAAGGAGGGGAAGUUUGGGCCAGGGAAGCUGCUCGUGACCCUCAGGCCCGCGUUCAUGCCGUUGGCAUGGGUGAUGGAGAAGAGAGUACUGGGGAGGGUGCAGACGACGGAGUUUUCGACGCAGAAAGCCGGCAGUACGGGAUUUCGGUAUCCAACGGUCAGGGACAAGAGCAGGAGAAUAUCCUCAGCUACUUUGAUCAAGCUCUGAGGAAGAACUGGGCAGGCCCCGAGCAUUGGCGAAUUAGGCGGAUCAAAGAUAUUGGAAAACCUGCGACAACGACGAAACGCAAAGAGAAGGAACCAUUUGAGAUUGACUUUACGGCACCGAUGACUCAAUCUAUGGCGGAUGCGCUAUACACUCCAGCUACAUCAAAUUCCACGAUCUUGCUACCAAAGGCACAGUGGAAGUCGAAGACGCGAAACCUACUCCCUGACGACAAGCAUUUCAAUUCCAAACAACUAUUACGAUUGUUCCUGAAGCCCAAAGCGCGGAUGGGAUCGCGAAGAGAGGGUGGCCACAAACUACAUCAACAGAAGCCUGCCGAUAACAUCAAUGGGGAAGUCGAUGAGGCUUACUGGGCGCAAAGGGAGAAUGAAGAGAACGCCGUGGCAGCAGAUGAAGAAGGAGCCCAGGGGAACUACGAUGCAAACUUCUUUCAAGAUGAUGGAUUAGAUUUGCCAGGGCCCAUGCCGGACGACGAUGAUGUGUUUGCCGACGCUCGAGAUCACUUCUCACCACCGGCUGAGGAUGGAGCCGCAUUAGUGCAACCCCUGGAUGGUGUACUGCAAGGGGCCCAGGAAGGCGCUUUCGGGACUCAGCUGGUAACUCAAAGCCGAAGAUUCCGACCGGAAUACGUCCAAUACGCAAGAGUAGCAAAGAAGGUCGACGUGCGACGGUUGAAAGAAGAACUGUGGAAAGGUAUUGGUUUUGAAGAGAUUCAAGCACCUAAUCCGUCAGAGACUCUUAACGACACUGCUGCGAAAGCAGUGGACGGCUCAUUGAAGUUCACUCAAGUGAUGAACAACCUGCAAACUGUCUAUCCUAAGCAGACAAUGGUGGAUAUCUCGACCUCCUACUGCUUCAUAUGCUUACUCCACUUGGCAAACGAGAAGGGGCUGGUUAUUAACAAUGAGCAAGACUUUGAGGAGUUGACAAUCCGCAAAGACUUCACUGCGGAUCUUAGCGUUGGGGCGGAUUAGUUAUUGCUGAUGCUUGCAUAUUAAGUUCGAAAACCGGUGUUCAGGUUGCAUGUCUUGGAAUAGGCUCUGGAGGAGUAAUGCGG